UGCAUAUUUUUUACUGCUGGUACACAAAAUGGCGAACCGUACAGUAAAAGACGCUCAUUCUAUAAAAGGCACAAACCCGCAGUAUUUAGUUGAAAAAAUUAUCAGGACCAGGAUUUAUGAAUGCAGAUACUGGAAAGAAGAAUGUUUUGCUCUUACGGCCGCCCUAAUGGUUGACAAGGCCAUGGAGCUCAAGUACAUUGGUGGUGUGUUUGGCGGAAACAUCAAACCUGUGCCCUUCUUGUGUCUGCUGCUCAAGAUGCUUCAGAUUCAGCCAGAAAAAGAUAUUGUUGUGGAGUUUAUAAAGAAUGAAGAUUUCAAAUAUGUUCGAGCUUUGGGGGCCCUUUACAUGAGGCUAACUGGCACCUCAGUGGACUGUUACAAAUAUCUGGAACCACUGUACUAUGAUUACAGAAAGUUAAAGCGCAUUGAUAGGAAUGGCGCUUUCCACAUCAUUCACAUGGAUGAGUUUAUAGAUGAGCUCCUCAGGGAAGAGAGGAUCUGUGACAUCAUUUUACCUAGGAUACAGAAACGCAAUGUGUUGGAGGAAACCAAUGUGUUAGAAACACGUGUCAGUGCUAUUGAGGAAGACAUUGAUGAUGUAGAAUCAGAGGAGGAGGAAGAAGUUUUGAAGGAAGUGAAGAAAGUUGUCCCGCCCCCACCAGUGGUCAAGGAAAAUAAACCGCCCAGACCUCCAUCACCUCACAGAAGGAGAAUCAGUCCAAGAAGAAGAGACCAUCGUCGACAUCGCAGUCCAAUCAAAAGGCGAUCAAGAUCUCGAGAAAGGGUUGAACGUGGAGACAGAGCAUUUAGAGGAGACAGAGGUCUCAGAGAUAGGGGAGAUAAACGUCAUAGAUCACCAGAUCACAAACAUAAGGAGGAUGACAGACACAAGCGCAGCAGCAAAAAGACACGUCAUGACAGGGAAGAUGACAGGCACCACAGACGUCCUAGUGACAAAGACAGGCGACACAGGGAACCAAAGGAUAAGGACAGGGAACCAAAGGAUAAAGACAGGGAACCAAAGGAUAAAGACAGGGAACCAAAGGAUAAGGACAGGGAACAGAGAAGCCACAAGGACGACAGGCGAGGCAGGGAUGAGAAAGGAACCAAGACCAGCAGUGCUGAGCAGGAGAUUAAAGAAGCCAAUGAGAUGCGAGCCAAGUUGGGCCUAGCGCCACUUAGGCCGUAGUUGACUUGGAUUUGGUAGAGACAGUGUCAUGAACAAUACAUUUUACAUACAUCAAUCAGUGUGUUAUUGAAACACACCUGUGCUGCUAGGUAGCACACUUUCAGUGAUGUCACAUUUAAUUUUUUGUCCAGAAUGUGACUGAGUGUAUAAAUGUCCCAU